GUCACGUGAUCCGGCACCGCGCGCAGGUUUAGUCCCUGGUUGCUUGGAGCGCCUGUGAGAAAGUUUCCGGAGGUUUUGAAUCAGGAGGAAAACUCGCUUUAUUUCUUUUAGUUCUGGUUUACAGCGCAAUACCGAGCUAAAGUGUUUUAUAAACUCGAGUCGUGUGUGUGUGUGUGUGUGUGUGUUUAACUCACCUGUCGACUAGAACGAGGAAGUGCGUCUGUCAAUUGAAGUCAUUUCCGCCAAUGGCAACUUUGAACGCCUCACUUCUGUUCACUCUCAUCCUGACGCCUUUAAUCCCUCACAGCUGGGAUAGCGCGCUUUAAAGAAGGAAAAGCAGAAAGAGGGAAACAUAUUCGAAGUGACUGAGGUCUUCUGGUGAAGAUGGAUGAAUUGUUGGACUCUGCUAACAGUACUUUGAGGAUGGAUUCCAGCAACAGCACGAGCGAUUCAGCCUCUCGGUCUUCUUCACUGUUGCUGUCAAACUUUUCUAACAGGUCUAACAUGACCGUAGUCAUAUCUGAGAACGGGACUCUGGUGGAGGAUGAGAUCUUUCUUACCACUGUUGCUGCUCGGGCUCUCUCAGGGAUAUUUGUUUGGUCUGCACUCCUUAUCACGUGUCACCAGAUCUACUCGCACCUGAGGUCGUAUACAGUGCCAAACGAGCAGCGUUACAUCAUCCGCAUCCUCUUUAUCGUGCCUAUUUAUGCCUUUGACUCCUGGCUUAGCCUCCUCUUAAUCAGCAACGACCAGUACUAUGUCUACUUUGACUCCGUCCGUGACUGCUAUGAAGCUUUUGUAAUCUACAACUUCUUAAGCCUGUCGUUUGAGUACCUGGGAGGCGAGAGCGCCAUCAUGGCUGAAAUACGAGGAAAACCGAUUCCGUCAAACUGCAUAUAUGGCACCUGCUGUCUGGCUGGAAUGAGUUACUCGAUUGGCUUUUUAAGAUUCUGCAAACAGGCCACGCUUCAGUUCUGCGUGGUGAAACCCAUCAUGGCCAUCAUUACCAUCUUUCUACAAGCCUUUGGCAAAUAUCAUGAUGGAGAUUUUAACGUGAAUGGAGGCUACCUCUACAUUACGAUCAUCUACAACGUCUCUGUGAGUCUGUCCCUCUACGCUCUGUUCCUCUUCUACUCUGCUACCAGUGACCUUCUGAGGCCCUUUGAACCUGUACUCAAGUUCCUGACUAUCAAAUCGGUCAUCUUCCUGUCCUUCUGGCAAGGCAUGAUCCUGGCCAUCCUGGAGCGUUGUGGUGUGAUCCCAGAAGCACUACUUAUAGACGGGCACGAGGUGGGCGCAGGGACAGUGGCGGCCGGCUGGCAGAAUUUCAUCACUUGCAUCGAAAUGUUCUUUGCUGCUAUUGCACUCCGUUAUGCCUUCACGUACGACGUAUACCAGGAGAAGAAGAGCCAAGCUCCAGAUAAUGUCGCCCCCAUGCACAGCAUCUCGAGCGGACUGAAAGAGACCAUUAACCCCGGAGACAUGGUGCAAGACGCCAUCCAUAACUUCUCUCCAGCCUACCAGCAGUACACACAGCAGUCCACUCAGGAGGUGGUGCAGCCAAGCCAGAACAGCAAGCCAGGCCUCACUGUCAGCAAGAACCCGAAGAAGUCGGACAAAAUCACCCUGAUCGACACGGACGAUGAUUUCUAACGAGCAGCAUGCCAUAAGUGUAAAGGAUGUGUUCAGGAAGCUCACACUGGCUGGAGCCAUCAUUUCACAAAGCACCUCUUUUUGAAGUAUUUGCUCAGCGGCCCUCGACUCCAGGUCUCCUGAAGCACAGAAGCACGUCUCCGAGAUGCCGUGGUGUUGGAGCGCGACACUUCAAACUGUUUACCCAGGUUCUCUGAAACCCUUCAUAUCUCCUGCAUCAAGGACACAAUGAAUGAACGGCUUAAAAGCUUCUCUCUCCUGCUGCGGGAAGCGUUGCCAUUUUUCCUACCUUGCGCUCUGAAGUAUCUUUUUAAUCCUAUCUGAACAAUUCCGUAGUCUUCUAGAAGGAAGCUGUGUUUUUAAUUGUAAAUAAUUUGUAUAGAAAUAUUUAGUUGGACAGGUGAUGAGGGGAAAUGGAAAGGUUAAUAUAAUUAUUAUUGUAAAGGAAUUGUAUUGAAUUACUUAUCUACUGGUGUUGCUUCAGGUUUUUUCACAGAUAUUUUUAAAUCCUUUUAAAAAAAAAAAACUGUUCAGCUUUCUCUCUCUCUCUCUCUCUCUCUCUCUCUCAGAGCAGUAUACUGAGUGACCAAAUCUUGAAGUGAUUCAUAUUACGAGUUGGUCACAGCUGCACCAUUUAUACAGGACGAGCGAUCGGGGUGAGUUUCCUAAAAGCAUCGCAGCACAAAGAUCAUCAUUAAAUGGUAGACAGCGAAGACACACUCCUAGUUAAGAUGCGCUUAGCAUUAAGAGGCUUUUGGGAAACUCAGCCCAGUGUGUUUUAAGCUAUAAAGGUGAUCUUUUCUUAUACACCCUGUUUGUAAAGUAUUUGGACUGCUUCUUGUAAUGUUUUACCUGGACUUAUUACAUACAGAACAUGUAUAACAUUUUAAAUGAAGUUAUGCUGCUGUUGAUCGUUUCCGAAAUUCACAUAAAAGGUGAUUUGUGAACUAAAAUGAAUGAAAGUGAGGGAUAGAUCAUAAAGGUGCACGUUUUUUUGUUUUUGUUUGACCUUUUUCCUCCAUCAUGAUGUCUGUUAUUACCAUCUUGUGUUAAAUCACCAUCAUGGACACUUGUGAAAUGAAGCUUUAUUUUAAAAGUACAAAAUGGACACUGCAUACUAUGUACAGGAAUAAUUUACUUUCUUAUAUUCAGCCAGAGUGUGUGGGGGGGGGAGAGCACAAGUUUAUUUGUACAUGAGAUUAGUUAGACAAUGUAAAUACAAUAAUUUAGAGGUUGAAAAAAAUAAAAUCAAAAUAAAUAUCAA